GGCAGAUACCAGCGUGGAUUGGGAAGAGUUUCGCAGCUCUUGUCAUUCUUAGCCUGCGAUCCAAUAACUUCAAUGGGAGUAUUCCUGUAGAGCUGUGUCGCUUAGUACGCCUUCAACUCUUGGACUUGUCUUCAAAUGAUCUCUCGAUCAAUGUCCCCAAAUGUCUUGACAAUAUUACAGCAAUGAAAGAAAUUGGGAGCGAAGAUUCAACAAUUUAUUGGCCUUACGAAGUAUGGAAAGGAGCACUCCAGGAAUUCACAAGCUUGGGACUUCUGAAGAACAUUGAUUUGUCCAGUAACAAGUUGUCAGGUGAAAUUCCAAGAGAAAUCACUAAGCUCCUUGGAUUGAUUUCUUUGAACUUGUCGAGAAACAAUCUGACUGGAAAGAUCCCGCAAGAGAUUGGUCGGUUGAAAUCUUUAGAUCUUCUUGAUUUGUCAAACAAUCACCUUUCCGGCCGAAUUCCUUCGAGUCUCUCUCAAGUAGAUCGUCUCAAUACAUUGGACUUGUCAAGCAACAAUUUGUCAGGCAAAAUUCCAACAGGAACUCAACUCCAAACACGCGAUGCUGCUGCAUACAUGGGAAAUCCUGAACUUUGUGGAGAUCCACUCCCAAAGAAAUGUCCAGGUGAAGAAGAACCACCCAUCUCUCCUGGAGCUACUGAAGAUGCCCACGAUGGCGAAGAAGAAGAUGGGUUCAUAACCAAAGGAUUUUACAUUAGUGCGGCAGUUGGAUUUAUAGUUGCAUUUUGGGGAGUUUGUGGGACAUUAGUCUUCAACAAGAUGUGGAGAUACAGAUACUUCAACUUAUUGAAUGACGCUGGUGAUUGGCUUUACGUAACCGUAGCAGUUCGCAAG